AUUUUUUUAGUUAACUUCUGGAGGAGAGAAUUAAAAUGCUCUCCUUUUUGGGGAUAAACAAGGUUGAUCCAUAUAUCUUGGUAUAUGCACAAUAGUAGAUAGAUAGAUAGAUUUUAGUAAUCCCUUGUUUUAACCUGUGAUUAAAAAUGUCGACCCAUUCUUCCAAUGAGCCAAGCACCAUCACUGAAACAGCCACAGUUUAUCAUCCAUCACACGGACGUGGAGAGAGCACAGAUGGCCAAUCCCACACUAACCACCACAACCACCACCACUCCAACAAGUCUUAUCCUCCACCUGAGGCCCUGUAUGAUCAAAUUGUUCAAAACCCAGAUGUUUUCUUGGCUAAGCUCAAGGGUUUUCAUGACUCCUUCGGUACCAGAUUUAAGGUUCCUACUAUGGGAGGAAAGGCUCUAGAUCUACACCGCUUGUUUCUAGAAGUCACAUCUCGAGGUGGCAUUGAAAAGGUAUGGUACCUGCUGAGGCAUUGUAACAUAGAGUUUGCUUUUGGGUUGCUAUGUACUGUGGAUUUUCAGUUCACUUAUAUUGAGAGCAGAAAAGGAAUAUUCAAUCCGAGUAACGUUAUCAAAGAUCGCAGAUGGAAGGAAGUGAUUUCGGUCUUCAAUUUCCCAUCAACAAUAACUAGUGCAUCAUUUGUUUUACGAAAGUACUAUCUAUCGCUGCUUUAUCACUUUGAGCAGGUUUAUUACUUCCGGAAAGAAGUCCCUUCCAUUUCACUGGAUGAUCCUGCAAGCAGGACCCCUGUGAAUGGAUCAGCAGCCCCAUAUGUUCUUGAGGACGGUGCUACAAAAAAUCAACGGCCAGGUCAGGUGAAUUUAAUCUUGGAGCCUGGCAAUACAGUCAGUGGAACCAUUGAUGCAAAAUUUGACAAUGGCUACCUGAUUACUGUCAAAUUGGGUUCUGAAAAGCUGAAAGGUGUCCUUUACCAUACUCCUUCAUCGUUACACACAUCUCUGAGUUCUAAUACUUCAACUGUACCUCCUCACCGGAACCGCCAGGGUAAAGCCUUUAUGCCAUGGGUAGGAAAAAGCCAUCAGCCACAAAAUUGGAGUUUUAUGGAGCAGAUUCACAGAUGUUGAAAAACAGGUUUAAGAGGACAAAAGGUUGAGGCAAUGAGAGAUACAGGAGUGAAACGUUGGUGUACCAAUCUUCCAUCAAUCCAAAAGCUCAAUAGAUUCCGUGUUUAAGGUUAUUUUGGGCAAUCAUAUCUCUGGACAAUCAUCCUUCCUCUCAUCUUCCUUGCUUGUCCUGUGCUGUGUUUGUAUCUUUUCUUUGUUGUUUUGUUGUGUUGCACUUGUAUGAUUUUUUUUUUCCCUUUUUUAUUUUUUUUUUGUCUUUUAAAAAGUUUAUUUUCUUCAAGAAACUACUAGACAAAGUUGAUGUAAAACAUCUGGUGAAUUUACAGACAUGAGAUUUUUAGUGGCAAUGAGCUCUAAA